UGCUCAAAGUCAUAGGGAUUUUUUUUCCCCAUUUUCUCAGUGUUAAAACCGACGACGAGAGGACGGAUCUGGUCAACGGCAUUUGACCGUAGAAACGAUUACAAAGUAGGGAUAAGAAUGUAAUUAAGCCUUGUUUAUGUGCUUUCCUUUCUUAUACAUAAGGUCUCAGUUUGCUUCUUUAUUUCCUCUCUUUAUCCCCUUGAGCCGCUAAGGGAAAGAGAAGAGAAGAGAAAUGAGAACAAGGAGAGGACUUUGUUACCCAAGAGCUGAUGUUUGUGUAGACAAGAUAGUAGUUAAACGGAGGGAUUUCGCUGGUGAUAAUAUGGCUUGUCGGAAACGGCGAAGAUUCACGCCGGAGGUUGUCGGAAAGAGUGACUUUUUUGAUGCUUUACCCGAUGAUCUUGUCGUUUCCAUACUCAGCAAAUUGAGCUCUACCGCUCGUUGCCCUUCGGAUUUCAUCAACGUUUUGAUUACAUGCAAGAGAUUAAAUCGUUUAGCGCUCCAUUCUCUGGUAUUAUCUAAAGCCUGUCCAAAAACGUUUGCCAUUAAAGCCAAAAACUGGACCGACUCAGCUCACCGGUUCUUGAAGACUUGUGCUGAUGCCGGAAAUGUUGAAGCUUGUUACACUCUCGGCAUGAUUCGUUUCUACUGUUUGCAAAAUCGAGGGAGUGGAGCCUCUCUUAUGGCUAAGGCGGCGAUUAGCUCCCACGCGUCGGCGCUUUACUCGUUAGCUGUGAUUCAGUUCAACGGAAGCGGCGGCUCUAAAAGCGAUAAGGACCUCAGAGCCGGUGUGGCUUUGUGCGCUCGAGCUGCUUUUCUUGGCCACAUCGACGCCCUGCGUGAGCUCGGCCACUGCCUGCAGGAUGGGUACGGCGUCCGACAAAACAUUGCUGAGGGCCGUCGAUUUCUCAUCCAAGCCAACGCCCGGGAGUUAGCGUCGGUUUUAUCAUCAGAAGCUGCUUCUAACGUCUCUACGCGCUCUUGGCUCUCUUGGAGCCCACACCCGAUCCCGCAUCCCAACCAUCGACAUCCAUCCCUGCCGGGGUGCCCGUUGCUGAGUGAUUUUGGAUGCAAUGUGCCAGCGCCGGAGGCGCAUCCGGCUAGCAGGUUCUUAGCGGAGUGGUUUGGCGCUCGAGGAGGGAUGGCUGGCCCGGGGUUGAGGCUAUGCUCGCACAUUGGUUGUGGAAAGCCGGAGACAAGAAAGCACGAGUUUCGCAGGUGUUCAGUUUGUGGGGCAGUUAAUUACUGUUCACGAGCUUGUCAGGCGCUUGAUUGGAAGCUGCGCCACAAAGCCGAGUGCGCGCCGGUAGAGCGGUGGCUCGACGAAGAAGGUGAUGGUGGCGAGGGAAACGGAGCGGUUGAUGAGAACAAUGGUGUCAUCGCCGAAAGCUAGAAAUGGUAACGGCCCAUGGUAAUUUAUCAGUUUUAAGGCCAUUAAAAAUGAAAAAGUGGAAACGGAAGAAACGAGGCCAGUUUUGGUGGAAAUUUAGUAAAAAAAAUUUUACCAUGGUUUGUUGAAACGGCGGAAUUUACCUUUCCCCUUGAUCGUAUAAGGGGUAAAUCGGAAAAUUCAGGUUUUUUUUUUUUUUAAAUCCUUUUAACUUUCUUUUUGUACUAUAGAGCAAUGUUCGCCUAAAUUUCGGUAAAUUAAAAUUCAAAAUCCAGUAAUUUUCUAGGAGUAUUUAUUUCCAUUUAUUU